AUGGGAGGUCAAACGAGCAAACAUCAUCGCCACUCCGAGCCCGUGUACAGCUUUCCACAGCACGAACUGAACCACCUUCGUGCCCUCUACGUCCACCUCAAGAAGCAGCAUGCUGCCCUCGACAGGCACAUCUUCAUUCAGCACCUCGAGCUCCCUCCCAUCCUGCUUCCAUUCGGCGAGAAGCUCUUCCAGGCCUUCAUCAAGGCCGGCAACGAGGAGGGCGGAGCGCACCCACCUCCAGCACAUCACUCUCAUCUUCCUCACCUCUCGCAUCACCACCAGGAGAAGGCUGCCGUCGUAUCGUCGACGGUGCUGACGGAACAUCAGUUCAUCGUCGGUGUAGAGAAGUGCUGCAGGGGCGGCAUCUCACAGCAGUUGCGAUUCCUCUUUGCCAUGUACGAAGAUGACAGCAACGUAGCGCCGACUUCGUCGACCGGUGCCGUCGUGGUGGAGGAAACCGAACGCAAGGAGCAGAUCAAGGCCAUGCUCUGCGACUGCACCUUCCUCGCCAAGCUGCUCUACGGCCGGCACGACACCGAAGAAGGAGAAGAGAACCAAAACGACACAGACGAGAAGCAGAAGGAGAAAGAUGAAGAUGAAGAUGGCCAAGCCGAAGGCGGAGAGGGAGAAGAAGAGCAACAGAAGAAAAAGAAGGAGGAGAAGAAGAAGCUGCGAGGCACGCUCGAGGUGACCGGCGAGGACCUGCACGUGUGGGAGAAGAAGGCCAUCAACCCAACGCUCGAGGGCCUCCUGCUCUACAACGAGCGCGAGGGCGGCGGCGGUGGCAGCCGCACCGUGUCCAUCGACACCUUCGUCGCCUGGGCCUCCGACACCGUCACCCACCUCUUCAAGAGCACGGUCGAGGUGCUCGUGCGACGGCGCCUCCUCGAGUUCCAGUUCGCCGGCCAGCCCGCCACGUCGCAGCACCUGACCAGCACCGGCGGCGGAGCGGCGGCGCCCGUUGUUGGUGGCGGCGCGCAGGUGCCGUUCCGCCUGCCCGAGAUCGACCACGUCAUGAACCGGAAGCAGCUCAUCCUCGACCAGUCGCGCCUCUGGGUUCUCUCCGCCAUGGUCAACGCGCAGGACCGGGCCGUGCCCUGGCGUGUCCUCUACUCCACGCUUUCGCAUGGCAACAGCUUCAAUCGCUUCUGCGCGGCCUUGUUCGGCUACCACGGCACCACGCUCCUCCUCAUUCGCACCAAGGCCAAGGAGGUCUUUGGCGUCUACAACGUCUCGGGCUGGCAGGACACGACCUCCUACUACGGGGAUGCCCGGUCCUUCCUCUUCUCGCUCUACCCGCGCAUCAACGUGUACAGGACGACGGGCAAGGCUACCAACUACGUCUACCUCAACACCAAGAAGACAUUCUCCGAGCUUCCCAUCGGCAUCGGCUUUGGUGGCGAUCUCGGAAGCUUCCGGUUGUGGAUCGACAAGGACUUCGAGGUGGGAAGCACCAGGUCGGUGGACGUCACCUAUCGCAAAGGCCCGCUGAUGGACGGUUUCGAUUUCGAGAUCGAAGACCUCGUCGUGUGGGGCUUGGGUGGAGAAGAUGCAGAGCAGCGACAAGAAAAGGAGAAACUGAGAGAACAAAACCUGACGGACAAGAUGCGCAAGGUCAACCGAACGAUGGCGGCCGAGGGGUGGAACGACGGCCCCAACAAAUGGAUGAUGGACCUCGUGGGACGAACUGGAGCCAGCGACCCCUUCCUGGACGACCUCAAGAAAGACGACAAGAAGUCCAACCCGCUCUGA